AUGUUUCGCUCUGCUGUUCCCAUUAUUUUUAUCAUUACUUCUCUUUGGGCAUCGCAUGUUGGUGCGGCCGUGGUGAGGCCUCCUCCGUUGCAGAGGAGUACCACACCCUUCGAUGGCCAGUACAUCAGCACCUCCGCGGACAGCACUGCGGUCGAGUGGUGGUACCUCCAGGCUCUUGCCUCAGAUGUCGAGGGUGAUAACCCCCCGGCCAACGUGCAGAUCCUAUACUACCAAGGCUAUCCGGUGUCGGACGGGUCCACCGCAACCCAGUCUGGCGAGCCUGAGUACUACAUCACGAUCAACGGCAUGUUCGCCAACGGGACGGUCUUCAACUUCAACGUUCCCACCUCAACAGGCGCUAUCACGACGUCUGGCGAGGCUGUCUCCGGCAAGUGGGGCGAUGCCGGCGAGUUCGCCGUCACAGAGGACCUCUCUUCGAUGACCGCGAACGUGAGCGCAGCGGACUACGGCAUCGAGGCGUCGAUCUCCUUCGUGGCCCGCACGCAGCACCACUUUGGCUGCAACGCGACCGACGACGCGUACUUCGACUCAGCGGUAUCGUCUUCGCAGUCCCUCAGCACUCCGGAGUCCCUGUUGUACAAGCAGCUCGGUUGGGCGACGACCAUCCCGGGUGGCACCGCGGACGUGACGCUCACCGUGAACGGUACUAAGCUUGCAUUCACAGGAACGGCCUAUCACGACGCAAACUGGCUGCCUGCUCCGCUCAACGAGGCGGUCAGCAGCUGGUACUUCUUGAACGCAGCGGUCGGCCCAUACGACAUGUCCGCAGUGCUCGUGCAGCCCGUCAACUCCUCGCUCAAGCUCAACACGGGCUUCCUCGCCAAGGACGGCGUCGUACUCCAGAACCAGUGCAGCGUCGUCGGCGCACGCAAUACGGACAUCAGCACUGCGACCCCUACCGGCUCGUACAUCGACAGUGGCCUCACGCUCCCGACGGGCUUUACGCUCAGCUACACGCUCGCGAACGGCGACGUGUACUCGUUCGACCUGACGUCGCAGGGCGCGAACCCGAACCAGGCGAUCUACCAUCGAUGGAUCGGCACGGCGACUGGUGGGCCUGUGGGUGGCGGACAGGAGACGGGCACGACGGUGUUCGAGUGGUUGAACCCCGGUAUGAACACCUACAACCCUUGA